CAUCUACGUAGAUAUACCAUUCCAUAAGACGAAUUGCGCAUAAACGGGGCUUCGUAGGAAGCGCAUAUUGGGAAAUAUACUACUACCGGGGCUAUUACCGCUUAGCCUUCGAUUUCGCGUCAAGAUUCUGGCCAUAUUGCCUAACGGCGACAUGGAUGCUACAAAUACGAUCUCCUGCGCGGCGACAUGCCAACCCGGCCCAAUCAAGACAAAGACGCCUCUCGAUGAUCGACCGAUAUGCUACCCACCCUGGCCCAGAAUACGAAACAAGGCGCCUGGAUUAUCUACUUACUACUAGGCUUUUUAUGCGCCUGUGUGUGCAAGUCGGAAUCUCCAGCUCGUCGAUGACGAGUCCAGUUCGGAACGUGGUUUCCAAGUUCCCGUUUCGAUUUUGCCCUCUCUUUCUCUUUGCACAUUCGCUUGCUUAGAUCGCCUUGGAAUGGCUCCGCUAUCUCGAUGCUGUCGCUGGUUGACAGCUCUUCUCUCGAUUGCCGGCGCAUCCGCCCUGUCGAAUACGCCGCGGGCGGCCUGGCCAAAUGGUCCGUUCGUCACCUCGGAUCGGUGGAUUCAGGAUGCGACCGGGUCCAACGUCGCCUAUGUCGGCGUGAACUGGCCGGGAUCCCUCGAGACCAUGAUACCCGAGGGCCUACAGUACCAGUCGAUAGCAUCUAUCGUUUCUCGGGUCAAGAGUGUAGGUAUGAACGCCAUCCGGUUGACGUAUGCGACCGAGAUGAUAGAUCAGUACUACGACAAUGGAGAGGCCGACAUUCCGAUUCAGAGGGCCUUGACCGACGCCUUAGGCCAGGAAGCCGGAAGGGCAGUGCAUGAUAGGAUCACGGCGAAUAACCCGUCCUUCAACGCCGACACAACAAGGUUGCAGGUUUACGAUGCUAUCGCAGCCGAAUGCGCGAGGCAGGAGAUCUACGUUCACUUGGAUAAUCAUAUCUCCAGAGCGGGCUGGUGCUGCAGCCCUCUCGAUGGGAAUUCCUGGUGGGGAGACACGUACUUUAAUGUCGACAAUUGGCUACGGGGCUUGUCCUUUAUGGCAACACAUGGGAGGGCAUGGCCGAAUCUUAUGUCUAUGUCGCUGCGAAACGAACUGCGUACCCCGUUCAAUAACGCUACACUCGCCAGGGCCUCCUACAACUGGGAACACUGGUACACCUAUAUCAGGCGCGGUGCAGACGCCGUUCACGCGGCGAACCCGGAUGUCUUGGUGUUUCUAUCCGGCCUGAACUCGGACCAGGAUCUGAGUCCCGUUGUCAACGGCACAGCGCUCACGCCCGGGUCUGCCACAUUCAACAGGGAUGACUUUGUAGGCUACGCGAACAAAUUAGUCCUCGAGCUCCACGCUUACGACAACAUUGCCGGCCCCGGCCCUAGCGACUGUGCCGCUGUGGGGGACAAGCUAUUCGACGCUGGGUUUAAGGCCCUGACCAGUAGCGCCGCGAACCAGUAUCCCGUCGUUCUGACUGAAUUUGGUCUGGUGCAGGACGGGGCGGCGACACAAGACCCUUAUAUCUCGUGUUUGCUGGAGUAUGUGUCCACCCGUAAUGCUGGCUGGAUGAUCUGGCAGCUGGGCGGAAGCUAUUACAUCCGCGAAGGCACACCUGAUCGUGACGAAACCUGGGGUCUACUGACUCACGACUGGUCCGAUUGGAGAUCUCCCGAGUUUGUCAACAGCUCCCUGACUCCUGCUGUGAAAAGCACACUCACGCCCAGCGACAACCCCGACGAGAACCGCGACUUGUCUGACGAUCAGUCCGAAGGCGCAACUACAAGGCCCGCACUAGCUUCAGGUCUAUACGGCUUACCACCCCUACUCUACGUGGCAAUACUCACCGUCGGUCUGGUCACCAUAUUCGGUUAGAACGGUGUCAAGCCGGGAGUAUUACUACCUGUUUACUCUUUUCUGAGUCUGAGUAAAAAUACCAGAUGGUGUUACCUCACUACCUAGGUAACUGUUAUUAACGAAGCAGGUGCUCGGCUUUUGCCCUUCUACCGGCGUGCCUCCUUACCAGCACAUCGAGGUUAACCAGGUAUUCAAUUGAGCCCUCUCACACCUCCCAAGCACCGAGGAAACCCAUGAAGCCAUUCCCGGGAUGACCCACGGUCUUAUACUCCUCGUCAACGGCUGGUGGUUGUCAGGCUCUAGCACCAUUUUGGACGUCGCAACGCAAUGGGCUCAUUCGGCGUCGUAUCCUCUUGCAUAGAUUCUGGUCCAUAGUCUCUAGGAUACGCAAGCCUAGGUCUAGACUACUCGCCCUUGAACAUCAAAUAAAUAAUGAGAUAGAAACAGUUUAAUAUUACUAGAGAUCUAAUAACUAUGUAUUACAACAAUUUCUCAU